CGGCCCCUUCGCAUUGCGCAUGGGCCCUCCCCGCCGGGUGGCCAUGUUGCAGCCCUAGCAGGCAGCCGGGAGGAGGGCCGGGGAGCGCAGCGAUGGCCGUGGCCGUGGGCAGACCGGCGAGCGAUGACCUUAGGAACCUGUCCCUCUCCGGCCACGUGGGCUUUGAUAGCCUCCCCGAUCAGCUGGUCAACAAGUCAACGUCACAGGGCUUCUGCUUCAACAUCCUCUGCGUGGGUGAAACUGGCAUCGGCAAGUCAACGUUGAUGGACACUCUGUUCAACACGAAGUUUGAAAGUGAGCCUGCGACACACAACGAGCCUGGCGUGAGAUUGAAAGCCAGGAGUUAUGAGCUCCAGGAGAGUAAUGUCCGUCUGAAGCUGACUAUUGUUGACACGGUUGGAUUUGGUGAUCAAAUUAACAAAGAUGACAGCUACAAGCCCAUAGUAGAAUACAUCGAUGCACAGUUUGAAGCCUACUUGCAAGAAGAGCUGAAGAUCAAGCGAUCCCUGUUCAAUUACCACGACACCAGAAUUCACGCCUGCCUGUAUUUCAUUGCACCAACUGGACACUCACUGAAGUCUCUGGACUUGGUCACCAUGAAGAAGCUUGACAGUAAGGUGAACAUCAUCCCCAUCAUUGCCAAGGCUGACACCAUCGCAAAAAACGAGUUGCACAAGUUCAAGAGUAAAAUCAUGAGCGAGCUGGUCAGCAACGGCGUCCAGAUCUACCAGUUCCCGACGGAUGAAGAGACAGUGGCCGAGAUAAAUGCCACAAUGAGCGUCCACCUUCCAUUCGCUGUAGUUGGCAGCACUGAAGAAGUGAAGAUUGGCAAUAAGAUGGCCAAAGCCAGGCAGUACCCCUGGGGCGUUGUGCAGGUCGAAAAUGAAAAUCACUGUGACUUUGUGAAGCUGCGGGAGAUGCUGAUCCGAGUGAAUAUGGAGGACUUGAGAGAGCAGACACACACCCGACACUACGAGCUGUACAGGCGCUGCAAGCUAGAAGAAAUGGGAUUCAAGGACACGGAUCCAGACAGCAAGCCUUUCAGUCUCCAAGAGACUUACGAAGCAAAGAGGAACGAGUUCCUGGGUGAACUCCAGAAGAAGGAGGAUGAAAUGAGGCAGAUGUUUGUCAUGAGAGUGAAGGAAAAGGAAGCAGAAUUGAAAGAAGCUGAGAAAGAUCUCCAUGAAAAGUUUGACCAUCUAAAGAGGACUCACCAAGAAGAGAAGAAAAUGGAAGACAAAAAGAAGGAGCUUGAGGAAGAGCUGAACAACUUCCAAAAGAAGAAGGCAGCAGCUCAGCUAUUACAGUCACAGGCUCAGCAGGCAGGUUCUCAACAAACCAAGAAAGACAAGGACAAGAAAAACUUCUUCUUUAUGUAACCGUCAUCUUGCCAAAGCCCCCACACCCUCUCUCCCAGCGGACAGUAGGGCACUGGAAGAGCCUGUGGCUACGUGGGCCCUCACCGGGAGGAGAGCCAUCUCAUUCUUCCAUCACGUCCGCCCUCCUCUCCUUCCCUUUUUGUUUUCCACCUGUGCGUCUGAGGGUGCACUGUGCUGUGUGUCUCUGUGCGGGCUCGGUCUGCUCCCGGCGCAUUGCCAGCAGAAUUGAGGCUACCAAAAAUGACAGAGGUAACGGCUGGAGGAGAGAGCUUGGCUGUAACAUGAGAUACUGCUCUGGGAUUUUUUCCCCUCCCUGUUUUCUUCCCUUUUGCCAUAACGUGCACAUGCUACUGAUGACGAAGAGACUGACAGACUGGAUGAUGGUGAGUGUGCAUAGCCAGAGGGCUUCAUUUCUGCCUCUGAAGCUUGAGUCUGGCUGCUUCGGACGCCACAACUUCAUCACAAGUACGUCCCGUGCUGCUCUGACAUGUGAUGAAAAUGCGUCCUUAGACCUGGGUGACUGCUUGUUUUUAGCAUGAAGCUGCGUGAAGCGGAGAUGGCUGCUGUUGCAUCCUGCUGCACUGAAGGACCUGUUCUGGACGGUCGAGGCUUUAUUAUUUUCUAGUUGAUCUGCCUCUGUAUGAGCAGAGUAGGUGACUUUUCUUGUGCAGUUGAGCUGCACUGACUUGUGCUUAGAUUGACUUCUUUACAUUUUUACAAAGUCUAAUUAGUGAUGAUUUUUUUUCCUACCCUGAAUGUGGGGUACUCGUUUACUUUGGAAGUGAAUACACUCAAAAGGCUUGAAGAGUGCCAAAGCAUUGUUCAAAUGUAAAAACAAAGCUUACAAGCUUGGUGUGUGGUGAGCUCUAGCUGGUCUGAGAUGGACGGAAGGAGGUAGCCUGCCCCUUCGGAUGUUCUUCACGUGGGGUUGUGCGCUUUUCUUCUGACCAAAUACUGGCGAUUUAUUUUCCUCACCUGCAAACCUUUAUCAAAGAGUUAACCUCCUUUAAUCUGCCAAGGAAAACGUACUAUUAAGUUGUCUAAGUUUUGCCUCUUGCAGUUUGUGCGUGAAGCGCAAGGUGCCAGGGGUGUUCACUGAACUCAGCUACUUUUUGUCCAGAAGCAUAAUGUUUUUCAGCGCUGCUCAGUGGUAAGGGUUAGAUCUCCUGAGGCUCCCUCCACGUGGGUGGUAGUUUUUCUAACGUGAUAGAAAAACUGUUUGUCCUGGAAACAUCUGCAAUCAGGUGACUUUAUAGAUACAAUGGGAAAGAUUAUUAAAUAUUGGCCUGGCGUG